GGAUGGAUAUAUUGGCUUUGUUGACACGUCAAGAAAUAGCCUCAUUGGCAGAACAAUUUUCUGACAGAAGAUUCUGUACAAUUCUUGCCUGUUAUUUGCAUAGAUAUGGAUUAAUUACUUUGCCUACCCUUCGAUUUGAUUGUUCUACUUAUGGGGCUAGACGGCAAUCAGCACCAACAAUACAUGCCUGGCAUGGAAGGGGUUGGGAUUCUGAAUUGCCUUUAGCUGAAGCACCUUUGCCCGUUAAUAUAAGAAAUUUUACUUCAUUAGAAAUUUGGUGCUUUUAA